AACCCCAAAAAAUAUGUAUAAGAAAAGCUUGUUUUCCCCGAAAAAACCAAGGAAGUGUACUGGUUGAUCCUUUUCCAGGACCAGAAGAAAAUUGAGAAAACCCAAACUAGGAAGACUGAGAAAAAGGACUCUCCUCUCCUUCCUCCACCCUCUCUAAGCUGACUCCUUCGCCGGACCCGUAGUAAUGGCGGAUAAGCAGCUGAUCGUCGUCGUCGAAGGCACUGCCGCCAUGGGCCCUUAUUGGCAGUCUAUUGUCUCCGAUUACCUGGAGAAGAUCAUCAGGUGCUUCUGUGGAAGUGAAUUGAUUGGGCAGAAGACAUCUAAUUCUAAUUUUGAGCUUGCACUAGUCAUAUUCAACACUCAUGGAUCUUAUUGUGGUUGCCUUGUCCAGCGAAGUGGCUGGACUAGAGAUAUUGAUAAUUUCUUACAAUGGCUUUCUGCCAUACCUUUUUCUGGUGGUGGUUUCAAUGAUGCUGCAAUUGCGGAGGGGCUUUCUGAAGCUUUAAUGAUGUUUCCUAGUGCUCAAAAUGGAAAUCAGAAUCAACAAAACGUGGAUUGUCAGAGGCAUUGUAUUCUUAUUGCUGCGAGCAACCCUCAUCCCCUGUCCACUCCAGUCUUUAGACCACAAAUUCAAAGCUUGGAGCAGAGUGAAAAUAUUGAUGCCCAAACAGAAAGCCGUCUAUCUGAUGCCGAGACCAUAGCUAAAUCAUUUUCUCAAUGCUUGAUCUCUCUAUCUGUCAUUUCUCCAAAGCAGCUUCCUAAACUUCGAGCAAUAUACAAUGCAGGAAAGCGCAAUCCCCGAGCAAAUGAUCCACCUGUAGAUAACGUAAAGCAUCCUCAUUUUCUUGUUCUAUUAUCAGAGAAUUUUUUGGAGGCCCGUGCUGCUUUAAGUCGGGCUGGAGUUCCAAGUUUGCCUUCUAAUCAAAGUCCUGUAAAAAUGGACAUAACUCCUGUUACUUCUGUUACAGUGACACCUCCCACUUCUAUGCCAUCAGUGAACGGAUCUGUUAUGAACCGGCCUAUUUCUGUUGCAAACAUGCCUCCUGCUACCGUAAAAGUUGAGCCAAGUACAGUAAGUUCCAUGAUUCCUGGGCCUACCUUCUCACAUUCGCACCUUCCAUCUGUUGCUCGUGCUGCUUCCCAAGGAGUCCCGUUGCAGACUUCUUCACCAUCUUCUGCUUCUCAGGACAUGCUUACAAAUACUGACAAUGUGCCAGAUUUGAAACCUUCAAUAGUUGGUAGUGUGUCCCAACCCAUGCGUCCUGUUGGUCCUGCUCCUCCCGCAAAUGUGAACAUCCUAAAUAAUCUGUCACAAGCACGUCAAGCCAUGCAUUCUGCAGCCUUGCCUAUGGGUCAAACUCCUAUCCACAUGCAUAUGUCAAACAUGAUAUCAAGUGGAAUGACAUCUUCUACACCUGCUCAAAAUAUAUUGCCAUCUGGUCAAUCAGUUAUCACCUCAAUAUCAGGGUCAGGGAGUCUUACACAGGUCACUCAAAACCAAGGUCUUACACAGGUUACACAAAACCCAAGUCAUCCUCAAUUCACUGCAGCUACUUCUAAUGUUUCUGGAAACUCAAACAUUGGGGUCUCUCAACCACUGAAUAAUCUGCAAGGAGGUGUUAGUAUUGGUCAGUCUGUACCUGCGAUGAGCCAAGGAAAUCUCUCAGGAGCACAAAUGGUACAAAGCGGAAUGGGCAUGAAUCAGAACAUGAUGAACGGUCAUGGUUCAUCUGUUGUCUCAUCUGGAACUGGCACGAUGAUUCCUACUCCAGGAAUGUCUCAACAAGUACAGCCUGGGGUGCAGUCACUUGGUGUGAACAAUAAUGGCUCAGCAGCUAGUAUUCCGCUACAACAAGCAUCUAAUGCUCCACAAGCAUCACAAUCCAAAUAUGUCAAAGUUUGGGAGGGAAAUUUGUCAGGGCAGAGACAAGGGCAACCUGUAUUUAUCACCAGAUUGGAAGGUUACAGGAAUGCUACAGCUUCUGAGACGCUUGCGGCAAACUGGCCAGCUACAAUGCAAAUAGUUAGGCUAAUAUCUCAAGACCAUAUGAACAACAAGCAAUAUGUUGGGAAGGCAGAUUUUUUGGUUUUUCGAGCAAUGAAUCAGCAUGGAUUUCUUGGUCAGUUGCAGGAAAAGAAGCUUUGUGCGGUCAUUCAAUUACCAUCUCAGACCCUGCUGCUAUCUGUUUCUGACAAAGCUUGCCGCUUAAUUGGAAUGCUUUUUCCAGGGGACAUGGUUGUAUUUAAGCCACAGAUAUCGAGCCAGCAGCAACAGCAACAGCUUCAACAGCAGCAACAUCCCCAACUCCAGCAACAGCAGCAGCAUGCUCAACUCCAGCAGCAGCAGAUUCCGCAACUCCAACAACAGCAGCAGAUUCCGCAACUACAGCAGCAGCAGCAGAUUCCGCAACUCCAGCAGCAGCAGCAGCAGAUUCCGCAGCUCCAACAACAACAGAUUCCACAACUCCAGCAACAGCAACAAAUUCCACAACUCCAACAACAGCAGCAAAUUCCACAACUCCAACAACAGCAACUCCAGCAGCAACAAAUUCCGCAGCAACUGCAGCUGCAACAAUUGCAGCAACAACAGAUUCCCCAGCAGCAACAAAUGGUUGGUGCAGGAAUGGGUCAAUCUUAUGUUCAAGGUCCUGGGCGGUCCCAGUUGGUUUCACAAGGACAAGCAUCAUCACAGGGGCCUCCUAACAUGUCCGCAGGAAGCUUUAUGAAUUAAUAAUUGUUUUUGCUCUUUAAAAAAUCUAAAAAGAAAAUAGAGAAUAAUGAAAAGGUAGUGCCGUCACAACUAAUUAGAAAUGUCAGUAGCUCUCAUGUAAUGAACACUUAAAAGGCAUAUUUAUAUUUUCAGGUCAGUCAAUUUAUGGAAGUACAUGAUUUGUCCCCAA